AUGGUCAAGGCUGAACUGUCUUUGGCUCAGGAAAGUAUUGGAGAGAAUCUAGUAGAAUCCACUGAUUCCAUUGAUUUGCAACAGAGCAUAUCUGCUGAUCAAGCUUCUUUACCUAAUCCUAAUGAACCAGUUUCUAUUACAGUUAGUACUGAUGUUCAUCAUACACCUACAGUUCCUACCUCCGUUGUAGUUGCUGAUGAGACUCAUGUUGCCUCUAUUACUCCAGAUUCUGUCUCUAAAGAGAUUGGAGAUUCUGUAGAAGGCACUCACUCUGGCGUCCAACCCAUGACGGCCUCUGCUCCCCCUAUGGGUCAGAUUGCGACCUCGCCAAUUGUGGCAUCUGCUGCUCCUGUGACUUCUGGAAUGGUACCAGGCGCCUCCGCUGCAGGAGCUCCUGUUGCAGGCGCUCACCUCGGUGCCCAGGUCGGCUCUGUGGCAAUGGGCGCUCCCUUGGCCGGGGCCGCUGCCGUUCCAGGUGGUCUUGUCCACGGACCUCCAGUGGCCGCCCCGGUAGCCCACGCCGGUGGCCAGGUUGGCACUGUGCCAAUGGGAGCUUCCCUUGCCGCUCCUAUGGCUCACGGAACUCCAGUCGCCGGUGCUUCAAUGGUCCACGCGGCCCCUGGAGCCCAGGUGGCUCCCGGAACCCAUGUUGCCCCUGGAACAAUGACUGGCCCCCCUGUUGUCGCUGCCCAUUUCGCCGACCAGAAUACAGCCUCGGCUGGAGCUCCCAUGACGGCCGGCCUCGGAGCGGCCUCAAUUCCAGCUCCAGUGGUCACGCCCAUUAACAUGGCCUCUCCUGUAGCAGGAACUCACCUUGGCGCCCAGGUAGCUGGUACACCAGUUGCCGGCGCCCCGUUAGCAGGUGCUCCCGUCGCCGGUGCUCCCGUGGCCGGUGCCCCUGUUGUACCGGGUGCGAGUGUUGCAGCUCCUGCAGGACAGCCAGCGGCAGUAAAUCAACAAGAUUCUGGACAUCAAUCUGAGGGUGCUGGUAGGUCUACUUUUGGAGAUAAGCCAUUGGAUAAGGCUAAAAGUAUUGUAACUAGCGUUAAAUCCAAAUCUGGGCAAAAUGUGUAA